AUGCGGCGAAAUCAAACAACAAGGGCGAGUCCUCCAAUGUCGAUCGCCAUUGUCGACGUCAUUCUCGUCGAACUAAAGCUACCAGUCCUGCAACACCUAAUUCGUUUCUGGCUAUUGAAUCUGAUGAUGAUCCACGAAGAAAAUUUCUUUCAAAAAGAAGCACCGCUUAACACCGUAGCGUCAAUUAAUCAAGCAAGAUAUUUCUUCCUGCAAUUGAUUUAUGGAGUUAGCUAUUGUCAUUCAAUGAAAGAACAGGUUGAAGAGGCUGCAGCUGGAAAUGAUAGUCCUGGUGAUGCAGUUGGUGAUAGAGGAAGCAAUGGGACGAGAGCUGGCAUGGUGGCCACUGUCGAGGCUUUGGAAGCUGCGGCUGAUGCUGGGAAGUUAGUCGACACGGAAGCUCCAGUGGAUCAAGGGACAGAGUCAAAUGAGUUCAGGCAAGUUUUAUGGCAAAAAAAGAGAAUUGAAGGAAUUGUUGGAUUUCGAGUCCCAGAAAACCAUGGAAGGAGUCAUCAGUUGAUAUUAACAUUUAGAAAUUACAAAAGAAGAAGAGGGAUUUUUUAA